CCACCCAAAUGUUCAAAUGUCAUUUCAUUUAUCUCCAUUUUGACUUUUGAGGUUAUAAUAAUCACUAAUAAUCAAAUAACUUAUUUACUAAUAAUGGGCGAUAAGAAUGAAGUAGUAGAAACAUUAAACGCGGCAAAGUCGUAUUUAAAUCACUUAGAAAAUUUAAACAAACAGCUCGAAAAUGCGGAAAAACAAAUUUGCGACACUUCCAAAGAAUCAGAGAGAAACAUUGAAACCACUUUCAGCAAUCUUUUAACUAACCUGACGGAGAUUUUGUUAAAUCGUAAGGAUAUUCUAAUUAGAAAAGUACAAAAAACAAGGAAACAAAGCUUAGCCCCUUUAGAAGCAAGUAGAUCUGAUAUUUUUAGUAAUAUUGAAAAGACCAAGAAACUUAUAAGAGAGGGUCAGUCUUUAUUAAAUAGUAGUAGAGAAAACUUGGAUGAAUUCAGCCAAAAAUCAAGUUUUCUUGGAAGUCUUCCUGCAAUACCAGAGCUCAAAGAAGUGCCUUUUAUCUCAUUCCAUUAUGAACCAAAUUUAGAAUCAGAAUUACUGGACAUUUGCUCUCAAUUUGGAGACGUUUCCAGAAUUGCACCAGUUCAAAUAAGCCAAACUGUAGAAAAACCUGGUGCUGUUCUGGUAGAGUGGCAAAGUGUAGAUGAUGAGCGUUGUGUUGAUAUUCAAGAAUUUCGAUUGCAGAGAGCAUUCGGUGAUGUUAUUUCUGAGAAACACUUGGAAACAAAUUUUUUUGAUUGUUAUGUGGGAGCAGAAACGCAGUUUUUAGUGAAGGAUUUACAUCCCAAUCAGUUGUAUUCUUUUAGAGUUUGUUGUAAAUUUGAAGGCUCAAGUGAUUGGAGUCCAUGGUCUUUGCCUCAAGUCACUAAAACAACCAUCAAACCAUUCUCUUGGGCUAGUAACAAAGAUUUUGUUUUUGCUGAUGGCAAUAAAAUUGCCACACCUGUAAAAGAAAUGCCAUCUUUAUUACUGUCUGAUGGACCACAAUUUGCUGUUGGAUAUUCUGUUGAGUUUUCGUAUUUAGAGUUUGAUAAUAAAUGUUCUACUAUUGCAUUAGUUGCCGCCAAGGAUGCUACUGAUAUUAAAGAAAUUAAGUCAAGCAGUCACAGCUAUUUUGCUCUUGAUACCACUGGUGAAAUUUAUGUUGAUGGUGUAAAAAAGUCUACCAAGUUACCUGAAGCUGCCAAAGGAUUAAAAAUUUGUUUUAUGUGUGAAUUAAUCAAUGAUGAUAAAGUAAGAGUUAAUAUUGAUACAUGUAAUAAGCAAGUAACUUAUGACUGGCAAAUAUGUAAAACAGAUAAAUUAUAUUUUGCCGCGCUUUUAAAGUCGCCCGCCAGUAAAAUAAUGGUUGAAUAAUUUAUUUACCUAAUGAUACUCAUAAAUAAAAAUGUUUUAA